CGGUACACAAGGCAUGAGUAGGCUGCAUAUUCAGACCCUUAUUUCGAAUGAAGGGUUUGCCCAGCAGACUAGUGACAUCCUACCCAUCUAGAGUACAACGGAAGCUACUGAAACGGAUCAAGCUCAGUGUUGUUCUUUGAUCAGUAAUUACAAGACCUAAGUCCAUGGUAAACCCGCUGAUUGGUUGGACCAUGGUAGGUCCAUGGUUGGACAGUUGUUACCAAGGAUUGAGAGGAACUUGUAUCUUCAGAAGUGCAAAGAGAUGCUGUUAGACAGAUUAUGCAGCCCUACAGUAAAAUGAACACAUCACAACAUUUUUUACACGCUACCCUCUGGUGAGAUCUUGCGAUAAAAGAAAAAUAGGGGCAAGUAUUUAGAACAUUGGGGGCUUCCUGCAAAACGAUGAUGGGGGGUUGUGGAGCUGAGGACUCGAUCACCACAUCGACGACGGGAUAUUAUAUGCCGGGGAUUAAAGGGACCAAGGCACGAAGCAGAUUCUCACUAACGGGCUGGUUUCGAAACAGCGGGUUCAAAUACGCCUUCUCGAUGUUAUGGAGUCUCCUGAAUGCUGCAGUCUUCAUUAGUGUGUACUACCACUACAAGUACGAACCAAAGUAUUAUUACCUCAGGGAAAUAUUAGGGAUAACUUUGUGUGUAUCGAGAGGCUCCGCUGCACUGCUGAACCUAAACUGUGCUGCACUCUUAUUACCUGUUUGCAAACAUCUUGCUGCGAGAUUACGGAGAUCAAAACUGUCAAGUCGAUCGAUGAGACGAUGGCUCGAUCACUAUCGAUUCACACACAUUAUGUGCGCAGGGUGUGUGUGUAUAGCAACAGUUAUUCAUUGUACGGCCCAUUCGUUCAACGCAGUGCGGUUUUCUUCCGGAUUCAACAGUGCUUUCCCUGAUAUCAAUGUAGCCACUUUUCCAGGCCAGAAUCCUUGUGCGAUGCUUUUAACAACGGUGGCUGGAAUAACAGGUUCUUGUAUGCUGUGUAUACUCUUAUUUAUAGUCAUCACAUCGCUGCCUUGUUUUAGAAGAGAGAGACAUAAUGUAUUUUGGAUGUCACACCACGCUUUCUUACUUUUCUACAUUCUUCUAUUGUGUCAUCCACUUGGUGGAAUUUUAAAGGAACAGUGCAACACGGAAAACCAUACCCCGGGUUGCGUGUACCCGGACGAUCCGAUUCCGGAACCGAUGUCCGUCAAACCGGAUCCGAAUGAGAGAGUAGAGUACAGUCGGAUAAUACCACACCCAGAACCGAGUGCUGGCAACUCCUCGCUUGUUUGCAGCGAGAAACCUCGUUUUAUUUCGCACAAAUCUCGGACUUGGAGAUUUUUGUUAGUCCCCGCAUCUCUCUACAUUCUUGACCGUGUGUGGCGAUGGAUUAAAUCGCGCCGUUCGGUUACCAUCGAAAAUCUUCGUUUUUUACCGGGUGACGUCAUAGAACUUCGGCUACAUGUCGAAUAUUUCAGUGCACUACCCGGUCAGUAUAUUCUUAUCAAUUGUCCCGCUAUUUCAUGCAUAGAGUGGCAUCCUUUUACACUUAGUUCGUGUCCAACCAUUUCAAACCCGACGUUUAGUUUACAAAUAAAAGUCUGUGGCGACUGGACAGAUUCGUUUCGUCAGCUCCUUCAAUAUAGGUUAAAAGCCACAACAGGGGAUAAUAUUUAUGAAAAUAUGCCAAAAAUUCUGAUAGAUGGGCCUUUAGGUAGUGCGAGUGGAGACAUUUUAAGAUAUCGCGUCAGUAUUUGCAUCGCUGGUGGCAUAGGUGUGACUCCAUUUGCUGCUACACUAAAUCACCUUUCAUCCCUUAGCUGUGAGGAGCUAUCAAAACUCAAACUCUCCCGUUUAUAUUUCAUAUGGACUUGUCGAGAUGAAAGUCAUUUUCAGUGGUUCUCUGAAACUAUCAAUUCCCUGCAGCACAAGUUAUGGGAGAUGAAUAGACCUGAUUUUCUAAAUCUUCGUUUACACACGUCUGGGAGUAAAUCUAAGAAUAACUUUUCUACCGGAACUCGGUUGUGCUGCUGUCCCAUACAGGGGCGUCCAAAUCUAAAAGAAAUUUUGAGUGACAUCACAAUAUGCAAUCCGAAACAAGAUAUUGGAGUGUUUGUAUGUGGGCCAAGUAAGAUGACGUCACGUGUCCAUCGAUUAUGCAAUCGCCUCAACAAACACAAGGCUCGACUCCAUUUUAACCAGGAAAGCUUUAGUUGAUGAUUUGUAAUGGAAACGCGAAGGUGAUAUUAGGAUAGGAGUAGAUAUAUUUAUUGUUUCACUAAACAUGGAUUGAUUUUAAAAUAUCAUGUAGAAAUAUGAUUAAU